AUGGACACCACUGACGAAAAACCAAACAACGGUGAGGAGGGAUCCUUUUUAACAUCCCUCAUCAAGCGCCUCGAGUCAGCUACAAGCAAAAUCGAGUCAAUUAUUUUAUCUAAUCCCAGCUAUUCGCCUCGACCUGCAGCCUCUUCUCAUGACCAUGAAAGCAAUUCCUAUUUGACCCAAUUUAUGGGGGAUUACCUCAAAAAAUGCAAUGAGAUCCAUCCGAUUGUUGAGUCGCAAGCUCUUCUGCUAAAAGAAGGCAUCCUUGAAACCCUUCAAUCAAAGCCCCCAAAUGAGCAGAAGGUUUCAGAGUAUAUAUCGAAGAUACAGUCGUCCAAAGAUCGACGUGAGUUCGAUCCCAUAUUGAAAGUUGUCGCAGAACUGUCUCCUGUCCUUGGGUGGCCAUGGGCUUCAUUUCCCGACAUGUUCACUACGCUCUUCAAAGGCGCAAAGGAGGCCAGCGAAUUUUACCGAAACAAGCUUUAUACUUGCGUGAAAAACGAACAAAUUCCAGGGUUCUUUUGUUUACUAAUACUCGUUAGGGUUAAGUACGAGUCGAUUGAAUCGUGGGCCACUUCUUUGUUUGAAUUAAUUGAUGCUGUGAAAAAAGUUGCAUUUGACAGAAUGAAUGGAACAGCAGCGGUAGGAUCAUGUCCUCCUUGCGAACGCUCCACUUCUACCGGUAAAGCCUUGCAACAGACAGCGCAGCUUUCUUCACAAAAGCCGAGUAAAGAGAAUCCCAAGCAAAAAGGGUGUGAUGGACCUUCACCGCUAAUCGAGUUGCGUGGAGACUCGAAAUGGAUUAUCGAGGGGCAGAUUGGAUCGAAUAUUUCCCUUCCACAGAAGGUUGAAUCGAAGCACUCGAUUUAUGUUUUCAAAUGCAAGGACGCUGUGCUUUCGCUUGAAUCUUCCAAAUUUACGACGGCCUCUAUUGACCAGUGCGAAGGUUUUGGAUUCGUCGUUGGCAGGGUGAUUUCUGGAAUUGAAAUAGUCCGCUCAAAGGGGCUUCAAAUUCAGGUGCUUGGAUUUUGCCCCACCAUCAGCAUUGAUUCUUCGGAGAGUAUUCAAAUUUACCUGUCAAAGGAAUGCAUCGGAGAAAACACACAGGUCAUCACCUCCAAUUCAUCGUCCGUCAAUAUUCUCUUCCAGUCUCCGGCAGAAAACGAGGAAGAUGCCGAGUGGAUUGAAAAGCCAGUUCCCGAGCAAUUUGUCUCUGUCGUCAACAAGGAUGGCCUUUAUAUUGCAACAACCCCCCAAGGCCACAUUUGA